CUGCUGCCCAGAGUUUCUAGAGGGACCUGUUUUCAUGAGGGACACAGUGCACACAUGUGAGGGAGAAGCCAACAUGGCUAGCGGAGAGUUCAGCAGUGUGCUGGAAGACUGUGUCAACAAAAUACACGCCAACACAGCACAGCCAGAGAACUUUCUGAGCCUCCAGGAUGAAGUGGCAGCUGAUUUCACAUCACUCACCAAGACGCUGUACGACCUCCACAAAGCUCAGGAGCCUGCACAUUAUAAAGGCAGCCCGCUGGCUCAGCUGGUUGUGGAGAACUUCGACGAAGAGCAAAUCUGGCAGGAGUUAGAGCUGCAGAACAAAGCUGUCCUCAAACGCUUUAGAGAUGCCAUUAAUGAGGCUCAGUCGGACAAGACAUUAACGGUUCUUGAAGAGGAAGAGGAGAAGGAGGAGGAAGAGGAAGAAGAAAGUGGUCAUGAUGAGGAAGGAGCAACAGAUGAUGUCGAUGAAGAUCAAGAUGAGGAAUCUCCCAGACAGUCGAAGAAGAAGGCUUCACAGCCAGAGGAUUACUCGGAAGAGGACUCGGAUUUAGAUUUUGAUGUGGACGCUCUGGAGAAACAGAGGAAGGUGGAAAGAAAAGGCUCCAGAACAAAAGUGGUUCCCUCUGAGGUCGAUGAUCAGUUUUUCAAACUCUCAGAGAUGGAAACGUUUCUCGACGAUAUGGAUAAGCGGGAAGGAAAGAAAGAUGAGGAUCAAGAUAACAUUGACUAUUUUCAAGAUCUGCCCUCUGAUGAGGAUGAGGAUCUUGACCUCGAACAGAUAAUUUCAUCCAAAAAACAGAAGAAAAGUUCGAUUAAGAGCUCCAGGAAUCUCAAGUACAAGGACUUCUUUGAUGCUGUGGAUGGUGAAACGGCCAAAAGACCCGAAGAGUCAGAUGGAGAUGAUGACAGCAUGGAUGAAGGCCAGAAUGACGGUGAAGAAGAAAUGGAUGAUGAAGAAGGCGAUUAUGAUGAUGAAGAGGAGACUGACGAUGAUCACCCAGCAGCAAGUCGAUCCAAGGCGUCUGAUAAGAAGGUGACCUUCAAUCUGUCGGAGGAUGAAGACAGUGAGGGAGAGGACGUGGAGGAUAUACUUGGAGGAAAAAGUUCAAGCUCUGCAAAGUCUGAAGUGAAGUCGUCAUUCGAGAAACGGCAAGAAAAGAUGUCGGAGAAGAUUCAGCAGCUGGAGAGCGCCGCUCUGGGAGAGAAGCCCUGGCAGCUGUCUGGAGAAGUGACGGCACAAACCCGUCCGGAGAACAGCAUGCUUGAGGUGGAUGUGGACUUCGAGCAGGCCUCCAGGAUGGCUCCUGCGAUUACAGAGGAAACGACUCUCCAGCUGGAAGAUAUAAUCAAACAGAGAAUUAAGGACCAGGUGUUCGAUGACGUGGUCCGUAAGGAGAAACCUAAAGAAGAAGUAUUUGAGUACAAGAAGAGAUUAACUUUGGACCAUGAGAAGAGCAAGCAGAGUCUCGCCGAAAUCUAUGAGCAAGAAUACAUCAAACAGUCUCAGGUCAAGGCUGAAGAAGAGGAAAACCCUGCCCAUGUAGAAAUCCAAAAGCUUAUGGACACGCUCUUCCUCAAGUUGGAUGCUCUUUCCAAUUUCCACUUCACACCGAAACCACCGGUUCCUGAGGUCAAAGUGGUCUCGAACUUACCCACCAUCACCAUGGAGGAGGUGGCUCCAGUCGGCACCAGCGACGCUACGCUGCUGGCUCCAGAGGAAAUCAAGGAGAAGAACAAAGCAGGGGAGAUCCUGGGCGAAACCGAGAAGACGGCCACGGACAAAAAGCGCGAGAGACGCAAGAAGAAGAAGACGAAGCACCUGAAGAUCAAGGAGAAGGAAAGGAGGCAGAAACUGAAAGAGGCCAGCGCGCCCGGCGAGAACAAAAAGCCAUCGAAGGCCGAAAUGACAGAGAACCUGAAGAAACUCACCAAAGGAGGCAAAGCCACAAUACUCAAGGACGAGGGAAAAGACAAGGCUCUGCGGUCCUCUCAAGCCUUCUUCUCACAGCUCCAGGACCAGGUCAAAAGUCAGAUCAAGAGUGCAAAGGACCAAUCGUCCAAGAAGAAGAAAAGCAAAGAGCUUUCAGUCAGCAAGCUGAAGUUGUAACUGUGGUGGUGCAGAGCGGACAGUCAACUGUCUUUGUACAGAUUUUUUACAAGAAAUAUAUUAAAUCUGAAUAUCCUUA